CUACCGUCUUCUUAAAUCUUCAGACCAGAGGAUUUAACCUAGAAAUUUCUCUCAGAGACCUUCAAUAGCUCAACAAUGUCAGGGAAAGAAGUUCGGGAAUACACCAAUCUUUCAGACCCUAAAGACAAGAAAUGGGGGAAAAACAAGGACAAAGUAGAUGACGAGGAUAUUACUUUCCAGCGCAUGGUUUCCAAGUGCUUGGAAAGAUUGUUCAGUCAAGGCAUGGUCCAACCAUCUAACUG